AUGCAUUACAACAAUCACAACAGUAAGACAUCUGAUGCAGAAGGUGAGAUUUAGAAAUGGAAGGAUAGGGCGUUGAAAUUAGAAAGUGGAUUUAAAGUAUUAAAUGAUUUGAUUUAGGAAUUACAAUAAUUGAUGGAUGAAACUGAUGAUAUGAGGAAUAAUUUAGAGAAAAAGAUAAUGGAAAACCAAUAGUUAGUGAUUGAGAAUAGCAGAUUAAAAGAAAGAUUGCAAAAUAUAGAUGUUUCUGAUAAAGUAUUUUCGAACAAGUUAUUCGAUGAUCAUGAUAUCAAAGAAAAGGAAUUCAUUAUUUAGAAAUUAGAGUAAGAGAUAAUAGACAAGGAUAAUCAAAUUUUAAAAUUCAAGAGAGAAAUAGAAUCAAUAAAUAGAAGAUCAAAGUUAAAGGAAGAGGAAUUACAUAGACAAUAUUAAGCUAAGCUAGAAGAUUUAUAAAUACUAUAUAAGAACGAUACAAGUGAUAGCCAAUAAUAGAAGUUCCAAAUGACUAAGAAAAUGGCUGAAAUGGAAUAGCUUCUAAGUUUCAGAACUGAAGAAAAUUAAUUGUUGGUGAACGAAUUAAAUUUAAAAAAUGAAUAAAUAGUUGAAUUGAAUAAUCACAAUAAAUUGAUUGUUGAACUAAAAAACAAAGAAUUCAAAGAUUCAUAAUUACAAUAUUAGUUAUCCACUUAACAAUAAAUAAAAUAGAUGGAAGAAUCUAUUGCGUAAUUUAAAAGAAGUUAAGACUCAAAUUUAAGUGAGAUUGAACAAUUACUCUAAUUUAAGCAAUAAAUGACACUUAAAAUAAAUGAUCUCUCAUCAACUAAUUAGCAUCUAUUAAUUGAAAAUGAGAGUUUGAAAUCAACUCUUUUGUUAUUCCAAAAACAAAAAGAUUAAGAUGAUUAUAUGUAUGAAGAUUAGAAAAAGAAAGAAUCAUUACAUAUAAAGAGAUACUAUGAAACAUUAUUAGAAUAAGUAGAGAAGGAAAACAGAAGCUUAAGAUUAUUAUUAGAAUAAAAAAGUAGAGAAUUAGAUGAUUUAUGGAAUUAAAGUAAAAGAUAUUGA